AUGGCGUCUAGACAUUCUAUCGUUGGCUUACCCACGGAGUUGAUCCAACACAUCCUCAGCUUUCUUCCAGAUGCUACAUCCCUGCUGUCGAUGAUCUUGACCUGCCCGUCCGUCUACAAUGCCUUUAUCAAAGUCGAAGUCCUAAUAACGUCACAAGUUGUUAGAAAUUUGGUGGGUCCGGAAGUAUUACCGGAGGCAGUGGCAGCAUUGACAUCUUCUCUGUUGGCCCCCUGGGAACGCGAGUCAAUGCAGACGUUUGUCGAUGAUCAACUACUCUCUCGACAGGAACCCCCGCGGUCUUGGACUCUAUCCAAGGCUCUAGCUCUCAACCACCUCCACUACCACGUCGAAUACUUUGCGCUAAGCUUUGGAUCUCACGCAUUAGCUAAACUUCUAGCUGCGGGCGAUGUAAAUGAUAUGUUGGCGCGUUCACCUACUCCCAGUGAGCUCCAUCGUAUACAACGUGUGUUGUAUAGAUUCGAGAUAUACUGCAAUUUAUUUAGAGGUCGAAAACCCGCUGUCUUUGACAUCGAUGAGCACAGAGGUGUCUUUUUCUCCAAGUUUGCACCAUGGGAGAAUGAGCAGCUAGGCUGCAUUUCUGAUUACCUUGCUCAUAACGUGUCUCCUGCUUUUAACGAAAUUGCGGACCAUGACGUAGCGUGGGGAUCGGCAGGGAUCGAAGAUGCUUUCGACCUGGAUUCACGAAGAAUACAGCACACCCUCUCUCUGGGCUUGGCAUAUCUCUAUAAAAUUGUGGUAGCGGAGACUUAUAACGAACGAUACAAACUUCUAUAUAACCUCUAUCCAAAAUAUCUCGUGGAUGGAUUCUUGUAUGAAGGCCUCAGUCUUGCAAAUGAGCCAGCCGAUGCACUCGAGCUUGCAGAAUACGACCAGGACGACGAAAAAGAGUUUGACCGUCGAUACUCACCAUUUGUACGUGAAUUAGACCUAGGUCCUAUUCAAGCGUGGAGAUGGGCACAUCAACAUGAGACCAGGGCAACCUUUGUAUAUGCAAGUCCGCAAAGCGCUCUACGUGAGCAAGGUUAUGUUUUUUGGGAUCUAUCUCGACUUGAAGCGUGGCCAGCAUUUCAGUCGCCCUGGGAGCCGCCAGACACAACCGCCGCUGAUAAUGAACGAAUAUCUUAUAGAGCAUCUCUAGCCAUGCGAGAUAAGUGCAUACGAAGAGCUCAGAUCUACGGGCUGGGAGGGAGAGGCUGGUGGAGUCCGGAUGACGAGAGCAAAGUUGUGUAUCCACCAGGCGUAUCUGCUCCUGAAAGGAAGACAGGCAUAGGGAAGACGUCACAGAAAGCGGCGGAAGAUUUCCAGCACCGGGUUGCUAAUGGCAUCGAGCGCCCUGCUUGGCAGAAUUGGGUGCCAAGGGCCCCCACUGGGCAUAGAUAG